UCCGGAGUCUCCUUUGUCACCAGGUCCUAAAGGUGUGGGGACGGCGGCAACGAUGAGGCAGAAGCACUACCUAGAGGCCGCGGCUCGGGAACUGCACGACAGCUGCCCGGGCCAGGCCCGCUAUCUCCUCUGGGCCUACAGUUCGUCAAACGAUGCUCACAGCACUUUUGAAGGAACAUGUCCAUACUGCUUCCAGCUGCUGGUUCUGGAUAAUUCUCGAGUACGCCUCAAACCCAAGACCAAACUGACAUCCAGGACACAGAAACUUCUUAAUCGCGAAGCGAGAAAUUACACACUCAGUUUUAAAGAAGCCAAAAUUUUGGAAAAGUACAAAAACUCCAAAAGUAUAUUGUCGAUUACUUGUAAAACAUGCAACAAAACAGUUAAACAUCAUGGUAAAAGUAGAAGCUUUCUGUCAGCACUGAAGAGCAAUCCUACCACUCCUACAAGUAAACUCAGCCUGAAGACACCAGAAAGGAAGACUCCCAGUUCUGCAAACUUAAAUCAUACCAUGUCUGGUUCCAAGGGCAAGAAGAGCCCAGCAUUGAUUUUCAGAACACCUACAUCUGGACAGUCAACACCCACUUGCUCCUCAAAAACUGUGAACAAAACAAAGAGACACUUCUCUCAACUAAAAAUGUUGCUUAGUCAGAGUGAAUCCCAAAAGAAUUCAAUGGUGGACUUCAGAAAUUUCUUAUCUUCUUUGUAAAGGAUGGACUAAGAUGCGUUUAAUACAAUUUUUGAAACUAAAGUUAGUCAGAAAAUCAGCUUUUUAUAAACUUUUUUUCUUUAAAUACAUGAAAACUUGGGUCCAGAAGCAAACUUUUCUUGGCAUUCUUCAAUGUUUAUGGAGAAAAUACCUCAUUAGAAUUAAUAAACCUGCCUACCUCACAGGGCAGUUCUGAGAAUCAAAAAUAGAUGAAUGGUCCUUGUAAGUAGUAAAGAUAUAUAUGGACAUUGAAUGGUUAUACUCUUUGCUCCUCCCUUAAUUAAGCUUUCAUUAUUUGUCAUUUUCUCUCAUAAGGAACUUCAGACCUGUAUGAGAGGGUCUGUUCUUUUCUAGGUGUCUAUAAUGCUAAUUUGGAAAAAUGAUCAAGUAUGUGUGUGCUUGUUUUCCCACAAUCAUUUGCAUAAUUGUAUAUUAGUAAAAUUUGAACAUUAUUCCUAUUUUGCAUGCAAAAGUAAAUAUUCUUGAUUGUAGAUGAUUCAGUUGGGUACCAAAUUUUUCAUUUUUACAGCUUUCUGUUGUUCCUUUGAUAAUAAUUCACCAUAAGAGGCCUUUCAUUUGCUCUGGUAAAGUCUAAAAUUUAUUAUUUCUAGGUCUAAAAUUUACACUAGAAUAAAACAGCAUAAUAGCUUAGCUGUCUUAAAUAUUCUCUGGAACAUAAAUAAGCUUUUUUCAAAUAAUGGACAAGAAUUUUAUUCAAUCUGUUUUUUUAAACCUUUAAAUAAAUAAUUUAGGUACUUAAAACUAUAAUCU